GGAACAAAAAGUCAGAAAUGGAACCCAACCGAACCGCCAUCGCUAUCAAUCAUCCUCAUUAUUGUUUCACUUCGCUGUUCCAUAAAUUCAUAAACAAUCCCCUUCUUGUUGUAUCAUAAUCAUCAUCAAACUCUCAUUCUCUCUCGUUGUCGAUUAGAUCAAUCGAUUCAAUUCGUCGAAAACGAUUUGCUGCAACUUUUGGAUCACUCUUGGAUUAAUAAUAAUAAUUACAUUUGAUAUUUGACAAAAGAGGAUCGAACUAGGGUUUUCAGAUAUGGCUAGUCCCAAGAAGAAUCAAAACAAAGGUUUCUUCUCCGCGAUGACUUCCGGUUUUUCAAUGUUUGGGACUGCCAUGCAGAGAUCUGUCAACGGAAUGCUUGGUUAUGAGGGGAUGGAAGUAAUUAAUCCUGAGGGAGGCAAGGAUGAUGCUGAAGAGGAAGCUCAGAGAGGAAGAUGGAAGCAGGAGGAAAGGGAUAGUUAUUGGAAGAUGAUGCACAAGUAUAUAGGGUCGGAUGUGACAUCAAUGGUGACACUUCCAGUCCUUAUAUUUGAGCCAAUGACAAUGAUUCAAAAAAUGGCCGAGUUAAUGGAAUACUCCUACCUUCUAGACCAGGCAGAUGAAUGUGAGGAUCCCUACAUGCGGCUGGUGUCGCGGUUGGUGUAUGCUUCAUCAUGGGCAAUAUCUGUCUAUUAUGCCUACCAACGCACCUGGAAGCCUUUUAACCCCAUUCUGGGCGAGACUUAUGAAAUGGUUAAUCAUGGUGGAAUGGCAUUCGUUGCUGAGCAGGUGAGUCAUCAUCCACCAAUGAGUGCUGGACAUGCUGAAAAUGAGCAUUUCACAUAUGAUGUGACAUCAAAGUUGAAAACCAAAUUUUUAGGGAACUCUCUUGAUGUUUACCCCGUUGGAAGAACAUGUAUAACACUAAAACGAGAUGGUGUAGUGCUCGAUUUGGUUCCCCCUCCCACUAAGGUUAACAAUUUGAUUUUUGGACGAACUUGGGUAGAUUCACCAGGAGAAAUGGUCAUGACGAAUUUGACUACUGGGGACAAAGUUGUCCUUUACUUUCAACCUUGUGGUUGGUUUGGGGCUGGUCGUUAUGAAGUGGAUGGAUACGUAUACAAUGCUGCUGAGGAACCUAAGCUAUUGAUGACUGGAAAAUGGAACGAGUCAAUGAGUUAUCAACCAUGUGACAUGGAAGGGGAACCUCUUCCGGGCACAGAACUGAAAGAGGUUUGGCGACUUGCUGCUACCCCAGGGAACGACAAAUUUCAGUACACAUAUUUUGCUCAUAAAAUAAACAGUUUUGAAACUGCUCCUAGGAAGUUGUUGGCAUCGGAUUCUCGCUUACGUCCUGAUAGAUGUGCACUCGAGAACGGUGAUCUAUCCAAAGCUGGCGCUGAGAAGAGCAGUCUCGAGGAGAGGCAGAGAGCUGAAAAGAGGCUUCGAGAUGCGAAGGGCCAUCAGUUUGCGCCAAGAUGGUUUGAUCUAACCGAUGAAAUUAGGCCUACUCCUUGGGGAGACUUGGAAGUGUACCAGUACAAUGGUAAAUACACUGAACAUCGGGCUACUGUGGAUAGAUCUGCCAUCACAGGCGAGGAUGAUGUCAAAUCGACAGACUUCAACCCAUGGCAGUAUGGUAAUUUGUCUGCGGAGUGAGGUAAUCCCAUUGCUAUGUUGUUUUUCGAUUGUGUACUAUAGUCAUUUGACGGCAUUUUUGUGUGAUAGGAAGCUGUGUGUUGUUUGUUGGCCAUCAUGUGUGUACAUUGUAUCAUUUGUUGUAAUCUUAUAUACUAGUUGAACCUUUAGAGGCCUAUUUUCUGAGACAAUUUCGUAUUGCUUAUUAUCU